AUUUCAAAGUGGUCAAAGACACUACAACGUCCGGUGUAGUGAUAUAAAAUUUAAAUAAAUUUUAAAUAAAAUAAUUGGUUUAGAAACACAACAAAUAAAUAAAAAUGUCAGACGAAGAUAAUCUAAGAAUAAGAAAUCUGUAUUCCAGCGAAGCCAAGUUAGCGCAAAAAUCUCAACGCGAAUUAACAGAUGGUACCGAAAAAGAUGUAUUGACAAAAUUGCGUUUAUUGUGUUUGAGUCGUGGUGCCACAGGCAUCUCAGGACUGGGCAGAGCCUUUCGCAAUAUGGACGAUGAUGGCAGCAAAGCAUUAAAUGAGGAGGAAUUUGUCAAAGGUAUACGUGAGUUUGGUCUGGACUUAUGUGAUGAAGAGCUCAAGGAAUUGUUUGAAACUUUCGAUGAAGAUGGUAGCGGCUCCAUUAAUAUGACUGAAUUUUUAUUAAAAUUACGUCCACCCAUGCCACAAAGUCGUCUAGACAUUAUUGAUCAAGCAUUUAAUAAAAUGGAUAAAAAUGGUGAUGGUGUUAUUACGGUGGAAGACUUGAAACAUGUUUAUUCUGUGAAGGAGCAUCCAAAGUAUGAGACUGGCGAAAUGACUGAAGAUGAAUUGCUGAGAGAUUAUUUGAAUAAUUUUGAAGGAGUACGUGGCAAUAAUGAUGGAACUAUAACAAAGGAAGAGUUUACAAACUACUACGCUUCGAUAAGUGCAUCCAUUGAUAACAACAUGUAUUUUGAUUUAAUGAUGAGACGUGCCUUUACUCUCUAAACUUUCUUUGGAAUUGAUGUAAUUUA